UGCUCUCCAAAAGCAAAAUGGACAAGAAGCCAAAUGUCAAAAAAACCCCAGAGGGCUGAGAACAUUUUGGGAUAAACAAAUAAGAGCACCACAGUACAUGAGGUUUUAAGAAAAACAGCUGAUAUUCACAGCAAUUCAACUUAUAAAAGUUAGGCUUUGGAUGAAAAAUGCUUUCAUUAUCACAGCCUUGGAAAUAUACUACUCUUACUCAGAAAAUAUUUUAUUCAGAAGACUUACGUAUAACACAAUCACUAGUGAACAAGAGCCAGAAUAAAUUUCCCCUGUUUAAAUUAAAUUAUUCAGACCCUUUCAGAACUUCAGCACAUAACUUCAGAACUAUACCACUUGUUUUAAUCACAGCAGCCUGAACUUUGAGGCAAACCAUACUUCCUCUUGGAUCAAAACUGGAACCAAGAGAAAGCCUAAGCUUUUGAGAAAAAGUGUUUUAUUACAAUAAAAUAAGCAAACACAACAUCAAUUCACUCUCUUAGCAGCUGGACCAUUGUACUAUGUAAUGACUACAUGGUUUUUAUCCUCAGUAUAAAUAGUUCUGUUUUGACUACAACUUGAUUUUAAGACUGUUCAAUUUGUUUCUUUCCAAGGGCAAUAUCAGUAUCUAACACAGGUAUGCCUUAGAUGAUAAUGUCAGUUAAUGCUUUGGAAAAAUCACAUUGAGGGAAUAAUUUCAUUUGCAGCUCUUCUGUGCCUCAAAAAUCCAUUUAUUUUCAUUUUCUUAUAAUUGAUUUUAUCAACUAAUUAGCUGGCAACCUCUUUACUAUCCCAGCAGACUGUAACUUUCCCUCUUCAUAUUAUUAACAUACUUCAGGAUUUACUUGUUUUGCACAGUUUCUCUUACCUGUUAACCUCUGUCAGACCUUCCUCCAGGUGACAGCCACUGCUGGUUGCAACAUCUUCCUUGAUCUCCCUGUAGUAACAGGAGUGAAGUUGUUUGACCAAGUAGCAAAUUCCCUUCACCAAGGCAGCCCAAUGACCCAAUUCCUCUUACCCCUUUUUUUUCUUUUUUUUUCUUUUUUUUUCUUUUUUUUUUUUUUUCCUGGAGUUAUUAUGGACUGAAGGAAAAAUUGUUUAUGCUGCUUUGCCACGUUCUUCCCACAUGCCUCUUCACAGUGCUUGCACAAUAAUACUUUUAUUUGAAACAGCUACUGCAUGACUUACGCCACGAAAGCCACCAAAAAAUCAUAAUGAAGUAUUUGCUCAAUUCAUACCUGGAAAAUACCCUUUUUAUGUUCAUAAGGUCGAAUACAUCUAGGCAAACACUGAAACGCAACUUCCCACUGCAAUCCCAUGCCAGAGCUACUCACUCGCUCCACCCCGAUCCGCGCUCUCCUCAGCCCCACCCACAGACGUAAGGACACCGGCAGGGAUAGGGAGUUUAACACGGGGGAAAAUACCCUCUUCCUUUCCCACCAGGCACCCUCGGGACCCCACUGCAGCCCCGCAGUUUUACACGGAUAAGGGGCACAAGGAAUGGCGAUUCCCAGCGCGAACGCCGGCGGCGUUUCCUGAAGCGGUGCACGCCGCCUUCAGCGCGGCCGCGCGGGCGGGAAGGGGCGGGGGCAGGGGCGGGGGCGGGGCCGGAUUCGAACCGAGCGGCGGGGAAGUGGCGACCAUGGCGGCGCAGCUGCAGCUGGGCCGGGAGCAUCAGGGGAUCACCCUGCGCGGCAGCGCGGAGCUCGUCGCCGAGUUCUUCUCCUAUGGAAUCAACAGCAUCCUGUACCAGCGCGGCAUCUACCCACCCGAGACCUUCACCCGCGUGCAGAAGUACGGGCUCACCCUGCUGGUCACCACGGACCCCGAGCUGGCCAACUACCUCAACAACGUGACGGAGCAGAUGAAAGAGUGGCUGUACAAGUGCAUCGUGCAGCGCCUGGUGGUGGUCAUCUCCAGCAUCGAGAGCAGCGAGGUCCUGGAGAGAUGGCAGUUUGACAUCGAGUGUGACAAAACUGCAAAGGAUGACAAUGGACCACGAGAGAAAUCUCAGAAGGCAAUUCAGGAUGAAAUUCGCUCUGUCAUCAGACAAAUAACUGCCACAGUAACCUUCUUGCCACUCUUGGAAUCUGCCUGUGCUUUUGACUUGCUGAUAUACACAGAUAAAGAUUUGGCAGUGCCAGAAAAGUGGGAAGAGUCAGGACCACAGUUUAUAGCAAAUUCAGAAGAGGUUCGGCUGCGUUCCUUCACUACCACAAUACACAAAGUCAACACCACGGUGGCUUACAAGAAGGAUUCUGUUCCCUAAGAUGCAGGGGCAAGUUUUGCGUGUGUAAAUAUCCUGUCACCUUGUAUAGUUUCUGUUCAUCAUGCAGCUAAGUCAUGAAUGCAUUAUUACUGUCCUCUUGAUGAAGUAUGACACAAAGACAAAAUGCCUAUGAUAAUGUGACACUAGGCUAAGCUGGCAUAAUUUUUAAAGAGAUUUACUGUAUGAGCUAAACUAAACUAAUGGUGUGGUAAACCACUGCCUCUGCUAGAAAAAUUGCCUAAAGCUAGGAUUAGCUCCUAGAAUUGUGUUCAGAUCCUGUAAUUUUAUAUUUUAAGAUGAUUUUUAAAACUACAUUGUUAGCAGUCGUAAGUUCUCUGUAGCAACUAAAAACAUCUCAUUCUUAAUAUGCCAGUUCUGAUGUUAAAAACGUGGGCUGUUUUACUACCAGAAAUAACCCUAGAAUGAAUCAGCCAAGCAAUUCUUGUACCUCUCUAUAAUGAAAGCAGCUGUUUAUCAAGAAAACUUUAAAUGCAUGAAGCCUGGUAUUUUAAUGACCACUGGGCUCUAGUUCUGGGGACAGAGGUUUUAAGUCUGUGUGCAUCUGUAGUGUCUAUCCAGCAGUUUCUAUGUUUGUAUUCUUGUUUUUGCAGAAUAAAGCUUCAAGUUUUACAGCGUUCCCUAAUUCAGAGUCUGCAGUGCUUCGUAUUUCAGAUGGUUUUAUGAAUGCUACAUCCUUUAUAACUGUCACACAAGUAACACCCAAAAGGCAUCCUCCUUGUGUUGUUACUUAACUCUUUCCUUCCUGUGUCUCCAAGUGGUGUGGAGUCCAUAUGAAAUCCAUUCAUGGGUCAACAGUUUGCCCCCACCCAAGUCUUCAAAUAACUAUUUAAUUAAUCGCAGUGAAUUACUGACUAAGCACAGUGCCUUCCAUAUUUGUUAAACAGCACUGGAUUCUUCAUGUGUUCUUACCCAUUUUUACCCAUUUUUGUAGAAGAAAUUAAGUAUUUAAAACCUUAGAACUUCCAGUCUUCCAUGGUUUUGUUCACUUCCUUCAUUAAAUUCGUUCCAGACAGAGUGUUUUAACUGCUUUUUCCAUGUAGAGCCUUCUGUUAUAAUAAUGUAAUUUCAAAAGUUUAUUUAAAAAACAUUCAUUACAUAUACCCCACCCCAUGACUGUACUACAACCUUUUUAGGCUUUCCUAUUUUCAGGAAAUAAUUCUUCCCCAGCAGUCCCAAUCUAUCAGAAGUAAAAAAAAAAAAGGCAGUCCUCUUUAUAUCAGGAGCACAAACCCCAUAUUUUUAUACAAUCUAGGUGCUUAAUUAUUCACUGCCAGGGCUUAUGUUGCAGUAACAGAACAAUACCUUGGUGUUUUAUUUUGCCUGUCAGCACAAUUGUGACUGCAGUUCCCCUUCACCCUUACAAGCAGGUGCACUUUAAAGAGUGAAGUCUGCAGUAGUGAGCAUAAAAAACAUUUUACAGAGAUGCAAAAGUCAAAUUGCUCCAGGAAGGUCAUUCUUGUACCAAACAGAAUUUCUCCUUUAAAAAGGGCCAGCCCAAACUCCAUCUCCAUCAUCAUCUCUGUAUUUCUUCUUUUAUAGAGGCACCAGCAGUCAAGAGAAGU